AGCAAAACCUCUGAAAAUCCCGCUGCGGGCACGGCAGGCGGAAAAGCGAGCUGGAAGGGAAACGCAGUUCUCGCGAGAAGUAGAGCAUAUCCCCGGAGAGGGGCGGAUGCGCAGCGGUACAGCACGUGUGGUGUUCCUCCAGCGCCGAGUCAGGGUCUCGUCUAGUUUGAGUCUAGGUUACAUUUGGAAUCGUGGAGAUGCGGAAGGAAACCCCUCCUCCGCUCGUGCCCCCGGCGGCCCGCGAGUGGAACCUGCCUCCCAAUGCGCCGGCAUGCAUGGAGCGGCAGUUGGAGGCUGCACGGUACCGGUCUGAUGGUUCCCUUCUGCUCGGGGCCUCCAGCCUGAGCGGCCGCUGCUGGGCAGGUUCUUUGUGGUUUUUCAAGGAUCCUACUGUGGCCCCCAACGAAGGUUUCUGCUCUGCUGGCGUCCAGACCGAGGCUGGAGUUGCUGACCUCACUUGGGUGGGGGACAAAGGUAUCCUAGUGGCUUCUGAUUCAGGUGCUGUUGAGUUGUGGGAGCUAGACGAGAACGAGACACUUAUAGUCAGCAAGUUCUGCAAGUAUGAGCAUGAUGACAUUGUGUCUACUGUCACUGUCCUGAGCUCUGGCACACAAGCUGUCAGUGGAAGCAAAGACUUCUGCAUCAAAAUUUGGGACCUGGCUCAGCAGGUGUCACUGAAUUCGUACCGAGCGCAUGCGGGACAGGUCACCUGUGUUGCUGCCUCUCCCCACAAAGACUCUGUGUUUCUUUCAUGUAGUGAGGACAGUAGAAUUUUGCUUUGGGAUACCCGUUGUCCCAAGCCGGCAUCGCAGAUGGGCUGCAAUGCCUCUGGCUACCUCCCUACCUCCCUGGCUUGGCAUCCUCAGCAGAGCGAAGUCUUUGUUUUUGGUGACGAGAAUGGAUCUGUUUCCCUUGUGGACACCAAGAAUGCAAGCUGUACCCUUAGCUCAGCUGUGCACUCGCAGUGUGUUACUAGACUGGUAUUCUCUCCACACAGUGUUCCCUUCCUGGCUUCUCUCAGUGAAGACUGUUCACUUGCUGUGCUGGAUUCAAGCUUUUCUGAGGUGUUUAGAAGUCGAGCCCACAGAGACUUUGUGAGAGAUGCUACAUGGUCUCCACUCAAUCACUCCCUUCUUACCACAGUUGGCUGGGACCAUCAAGUCAUCCACCAUGUUGUACCGCUAGAGCCUCUCCCAGCCCCUGGACCUGACAGUGUUGUGGAGUAGAAUGGAUUUCAGAGAAAACAAAACAAGCUCUCCGUCUGCAAGCGUCCACUCGCUUGCCCUGCCUUCCAUUUAUGAGAGCACAGGAGCCUUGUAGAGCAUGUUUACUCCCUAGUCCCGUGCAGUAACUAGGCAGAUUCUCAGCCUGAGUGAGGCUGCAUCCCAUAGUGACUCGGAGGAAGAAACUUCCUUUAUAAAUGGAUGUAUGUGAGUACACGUGUGAGUGCGGUGUGUAGUUUGGAGUGGAGAAAAUUAUCCUGCAGCUUUCCCAAAGUUCUUUUCCCCGACAAAGUGACUAGAGGAUUUUAUGCUUUCCCAUGUCUGGGAAUUGGCGAUGUUAGGGAUAUGGAAUGUGGGUAUCCCUAGAUUCUUGGGAAUACAUCACGCUACUCAAAGGUGCGUAACUUAUUUUUAUAUAGAGUUUAAUUCACUAUUAUGGGAAUUACUUCCAUAUACAAAAGUCUAGCCCAGUGUACCUUGAGAAUACAUAACAGUUUUAUACAAAUCCAUGUUAAACUGAAUUAAAUCCAUUUUCUGGAUGGAUAAAUUUGGCCCUGCAAUGUAGUGCUUGCUCACCAUUUCCUUCGUUGGUGUGUAUGAGAGAUGAGUGCUUUCCUGUCCUAGAUUUCACAGAAAAGUUUUAGGGAUGAUGGAGUGUUUCGGUGAAGUGAGAACAUUCACAUGGAUUGUUAUAGAGAAAUCUGUUAUUUUUCCCACCUAAAAAUACCCUGAGACUGAUCUGGGUAUCUUCCUCUGGAGAGCUGAAGUCUGAAUGCUGUAUUUUUGGACUCCUAAGAUUUGAGAUCCAGCAUCAGGGAAACUGUCAGAAAUAAAGACUUUGAUGGUUGA